CUCUUCGCGAAGAAACUGUGACGUGCCAAUUAUGAGUUUUACGACGUUCAGUGGGAGAUCCUGACUGCUGUCCUGUGUUGCCGUUGCAACUGAUAUUUCUUCAUUGCCAAAGCAAUAAAUUUGCUAAAUUGAUACCGGUGUAAGGAGCAAGAAUUCAGCACAGCUAUGGCAGAAGGGAAUGGAGAGAUAAAAAUGGAAGAAAAACAAGAAUUGGAAAAUGUUGAACGGACAGAAGAUUUCAACAAACUCAUGCAAUACGGGCUAGACGAGAAAGUGGCUGCCAAAUUGGAUGAAAUUUACAAGACGGGGAAAUUAGCUCAUAUUGAUCUAGAUGAAAGAGCUCUUGAUGCCUUAAAGGAAUUUCCAGUCGACGGUGCGCUAAACGUGCUUACACAAUUUCUGGAAUCCAACCUGGAACAUGUAUCCAAUAAAUCGGCAUACCUUUGUGGAGUAAUGAAGACGUACAGACAAAAGAGUCGUGCUGGUCAAGGUACAGGCACCAGUACGACACCUAAGGCUCCCGAUGAAGACAAAAUCAAAUUAAUUCUGGAAAGAACAGGAUAUCCCUUGGAUGUAACUACUGGACAAAGAAAAUAUGGUGGUCCUCCACCAGAUUGGGAGGGUCCAACUCCUGGCACUGGUUGUGAGGUAUUUUGUGGCAAAAUCCCAAAAGACAUGUACGAAGACGAAUUAAUUCCAUUAUUUGAGAAAUGCGGAAAAAUUUGGGACUUGAGACUGAUGAUGGAUCCCAUGUCAGGUUCCAACAGAGGAUACGCAUUUAUCACAUUCACUAACAGGGAAGCUGCGCAGUACGCUGUUCGAGAGCUCGAUAAUCACGAAAUAAAACCCGGCAAGAGUCUGAAAGUAAACAUUAGCGUUCCUAAUCUACGUCUUUUCGUGGGGAAUAUACCAAAGUCAAAAGGCAAAGAGGAGAUCUUGGAGGAAUUUGGUAAAUUAACAGCUGGCCUGACAGAGGUGAUUAUCUACAGUUCACCAGAUGACAAAAAGAAGAAUAGAGGUUUUUGCUUUUUGGAGUACGAAUCUCAUAAAGCAGCUUCCUUAGCCAAGCGAAGGUUAAGCACUGGACGUAUUAAAGUUUGGGGAUGUGAUAUUAUUGUUGAUUGGGCCGACCCUCAAGAGGAGCCAGACGAACAAACCAUGUCCAAAGUGCGUGUGCUUUAUGUACGAAAUUUAACGCAAGAUUGUUCUGAAGAGAAACUAAAGGAAAGCUUCGAACAAUACGGCAAAAUUGAGCGAGUGAAAAAAAUCAAGGAUUAUGCAUUUAUACACUUUGAAGAUAGAGAUAAUGCUGUUAAGGCAAUGAACGAAUUAAAUGGUAAGGAAAUGGGUGGAUCCCAUAUAGAAGUUUCAUUGGCAAAACCACCAUCCGAUAAAAAGAAGAAGGAGGAGAUGUUGCGCGCCAGAGAAAGACGAAUGAUGCAAAUGUUACAGGGCAGAGGCGGUGGAUCUCCAUCUCAUCCGAGCAUGAUGGGAGGUCCAAUGCCAGUUCGUGGGCCCACACAGGGACCUCGGGGUACUGGUGCAGGUAUGCGUGGACAGAUGGGACGAGGCGAUUAUGAUUAUGAUUACGACUAUUACGGUUAUGGGGAUUAUCGAGGUGGCUACAGUGAUCCCUAUUACGAUGACUAUUAUCGAUAUGAAGAUUACUAUUUCGAUUAUGCGCCGCCUCCGCCGCCUGCCAGAGGGAGAGGCAGGCAGCCUCAACCGGCUGGUCGUGGCCGUGGAGUAGUGCCACGUGGCCGAAUCGGUGGCCCGCAAGCCCGUGGGCCAGUCAGGGGGGGACGCAACCCCGCAGCUUCAGGGGCCCGUGGGGUCCAGCGGCUGGCCGCUCGUGGGGGGGUCCGCGCCAAGGGAAGUUUACCAGGUGAGGAUGCAGGUAAACGAAAAUUUGACGGGGGUCACCAGAACCAGGGGGAAUCUAAGCGUCGCUUCCAGAGCAAUUGGGGAAACCAGCCCCUUGCCCAACAACCACUGGGCAAUGCAUAUGGAUUGGCGAGUGUAAAUGGUGGCAGUGGUGGUGGUGGCGGUGACAUAGCUUUUGGAGGUAGAGCCGGCACACUCGGCGGUGUUUCCGGCGAUGACCACGAAUGGUAUCAAGACUCUUACCAGUCGUGGAGCUAACUUCUGCAAUUCUGUGAGUGAUAAAAAAAUAUG